AUGGCAUUUCGGUUCGCUCCAUUAUCAAAUUCGUCCAACAAGAGGACCUACGCUGUUGGAGAUCCUUCAGUCGACUUGGGCGCUGCAGGUCUCGAUAGCCAGGACAGGGUCAUCAUCGCGCUCGACUUUGGAACUACAUACUCAGGUGCCGCUUAUUGCUUUUGUAACAGUAGUAGCAAGCCUGACGUUUGGCCAGUCGUUGAUUGGCUUGGACUUGAGGGCCGCACCCAACCCAAAGUUCCCACUGCGAUCUUAUAUGAUCCUCAGGAUAGUACAAAGUUCAAGUGGGGAGGACAACUUACCUGGCGUGAUGAUCAUGUCCAAGGCGUCAAACUACUCCUAGACCCAAAGCAAACCAGACCCUCUUAUCUUCCAUCGAGCAGUGCGAAGCGAGAGAUGAGGAGGCUCCCAAAAGAUGUCGUUGAUGUUGUCGCAGAUUUCAUGGCAGCCAUGUAUAAACAUGCAUUGGAGAAGAUUGGGGCCAGGGUGCCUCGGGAUUACCUGGAUUUGUGCGAGAAGUCGUUCGUUCUGAGUGUCCCAGCAGUCUGGUCAGACAAGGCCAAAGAAAGGACCAUACAGGCUGCCAAAAAAGCAGGUCUCUAUCCUGUUACGCUAAUCAAGGAGCCCGAGGCUGCUGCUCUAUACACAUUCAUGACUCAAGGGCGAGCGCUAAGUUCCGGUGAUUGCUUUGUCGUCUGCGAUGCUGGGGGUGGAACUGUUGACCUCAUCUCAUAUGAAGUCAUCUCAACUGAGCCAACUCUUGACCUCGCUGAACUAGUCCCUGGGAAAGGUAACAUGUCCGGAUCACUAGGCCUGAACAAGCGUUUCGCAGAAGCUGUUCGAGGCCUGAUUGGGGACGAGGAAUGGUUUCGUCUCAAGAGCCUCGAUGCAUGGGCUCUAGCGGAACGCCAGUUUGACCAAGAUAUUAAAACAUCAUUCACGGGAGAUUUGGACGAUGAUUUCAUUAUCAAUUUCCCAGGUGCUCGGCUCGAAGAUAAUGUCGGUGAGGGUCUGGAGAGGGAUUCUUGGUUCAUGUCUGGGGAAACGGUACAUGACAUAUUUGAGCCCUUGAUUUCAGAUAUCCUCCAGCUGGUCAACGAUCAACUAGCGGCCGCUACAGAGGAAAAGGGGGGCAACCCUAUUCAUUGCAUCUUUCUUGUGGGAGGUUUCGGUUCUAGCCAUUACCUCAAGAGCCGAAUUGAGGAUGAGAACCCCGACAUUCAGGUUAUUCAACCUGAGGACGCAUGGGCGGCUAUCGUGAAGGGAUCAGCUCUCAGUCGCCUUUCGUAUACAAACGUUGUAUCAACCAAGGCGACUCGUCACUACGGAGUAAGUGCAUUUUCCGUGUACGAGCCUGCAGUCGAUAAAGGUCAGCCAAUAUCCAUCCACCCUGUGACCGGCCGGCUCAGAACAGAAAAAAUGACUUGGUAUAUCAUCAUGGGUGAGACUUUGAGACGUGACCGUAACGAACGAUAUCCAUUUCAUCGGCACAUCCCUAAGUCUUACUCUGAGAAUGACCUCCAUUUCCGAGAUGAACUGUUGAUGUCGAACACUCAGGUGCAGCCUCAAUAUCCUACCAAAGACGUCAAAUUGAACUGCAUUUUGAAGAGUGAUUUGACUACAGUGGACAGAUCGCGGUUCAAGAAGGUCGUGGGUUUCGAUGGGCGAGAAUGGUUGAAGGUUCAGUACGAUCUUGUUAUCUCUACUAAGGAAGCUGCCAUGAAGUUCUGGUUGGAGUUUGAUGGCAAGGAAGCAGGCUCUGUUCUCGCGCAGUAUGCAUAG